GGAUGAUUGAUUGUAUGGAUGGUGGUCCAGCGAACGAUCGAGAACCUCAAUGGCCCGUCGCUGGUCGGCAAGGGGGCCUGGUCCACUUCUUCCUUCUCUGAUCCCAGCUGAGUCGGGCGGAUUUCACUCUCAAACACAGGACAGUACUCAGUUCUACUCUACUCAGUACUCAGUACUCUACUCAGUCAUACUCAUGCAGCCAAAUAACAGAAAGAACCAAAUCAGCUAUGAUCUGUCUCCUCUCAGCCUCCUCAAUGGCCAACGGACACGUUCGGGACAAAUGCCAUCGGAUCGCUCCACGACCCCCUAGGGACAGACACCACGACACCAAUCUGUAGCUAGUGCAGGUAGUCCGACGGGCCUUGCGAAUCACACCCGCCAGCGUCGAGGGGAGAGUCCAAUUGCUUCAAUUCCCCGCCGUUGGGGCUUCUCGUUGGCAGACGUGAGAUGUGACGAGCGAGGGCGAUGAACGAUUGGCGGCAUUUCUCUGAAUCCUUCGACCUACUGCUUAGA